UGUGUGGUAACACUGGUGGUAGAGAUGGUGUGUGGUAACACUGGUGGUAGAGAUGGUGUGUGGUAACACUGGUGGUAGAGAUGGUGUGUGGUAACACUGGUGGUAGAGAUGGUGUGUGGUAACACUGGUGGUAGAGAUGGUGUGUGGUAACACUGGUACACCGGUGGGGACUGAGGAAGGUAAACAUUAACUACCGCAUGAACCAUCACAAUCAUGGGCACCGUACACGCAAAAAGUCCCGAGACAGAUGAAAGUGAGGGCAACCGAAUGGAUCUUCAGGCACUUAAGUUACAAAAUAAAGAAGAAAGUGAAAGGGAGGGGAAACUAAAAAAAAUUAGAGAUAAACUAGCAAAGUUAAAGUCUCAGGGUAUGCAAAUGAAGAUGAAGUAUCUUAAGGCUCAUGUCCAACGUGUACAUGUUGAUGGGUUGGCUCGCACGAAAGAUGAUAUUGUCAUCAACACUGUACGAGAUGUAUUUAGUGCCGAGGACUUCCAGUCUGUAAUAUUAAAAAUCCAUGAAGCCAGAACAAGAUUAUCAAAGUUGGGGUGUUUCAAGGAUGUUGGUGUUUUUAUCGACACUUACGAUGGACCAGAUGCUGUUGAGGAUGGCAUUGAGGUGACAUUUGAAGUGCGUGAAGUGAACCUCUUGGGAGCCAAGGUGAAUACCAGUGUGGGAAACAAUGAAGGUACAGUGUCAACGGGUGGCUUGUUAAAGAACAUAUUUGGCCGCGGCGAGGAACUUAGCUGCGAGUAUUCCCAUGGCACAAAGAAGUCAUCGUCUUUCUUCACUACAUUUACUAAACCUUUUCAUAAUGAGGCUAGCACUGUUUUUACAAGCAGUGUGUAUCAGCAGGGAACGGAAGCUCCUUGGUCAGGUUUCAAGGAGUUUGACCGUGGUCUCCUGCUGACUCUAGCCUUCAAUUCAGCUUCCAAUGUCCAGCAGAAAUUGAUUCUUGAUGGAGCCUGGAGGCACAUCACCUGUCUUUCUCGAUCCACUGCAUUUGCCGUCCGUGAACAAGCUGGGCACUCACUCAAAUCUGCUCUUCGACAUGAGCUCUUGGUUGACAGGAGAGAUGAUUUAGUGUUUCCAUCAGAUGGGGUUGCUUUUACCAUUAAGAAUGAACUAGCUGGCUUAGGAGGUGAUAUUGGCUUUCUGAAGAAUGAGUUAGAUUUCCAAGUAAAUGUUCCUCUGCCCAAAGAAAUGGUAAUCCAAGGAUCUCUGCUGGCAGGCCACUUGUUACCGCUUCGUAACAACAAGACACAUUGCAUCACUGACCGCUUCAUGUUAGGUGGACCUAUGAAUGUUCGUGGCUUUGAAAUGGCUGGCAUUGGACCUCACAGUGAUGGCUGUUCACUAGGAGCUGAUAUGUAUUGGGCUGCUGCUCUACAUGCAUACAGUCCAUUGCCUCUUCUGAAUCGAGGCUCCAUCAGUGAGAAGUUUAGACUACAUGCUUUUGUUAACACUGGCAAUAUUGGUGACUUUGUUUUGACUGAUGACUACAAACAAAAUCUUCAGACGCUUGUUCGUGACAUGCGUUUAUCUUAUGGUGCUGGACUGGCCAUGAGUUUUGGGGGUUUUGCAAGAGUAGAGCUUAACUAUUGCAUUCCUCUGCUUCUCCAACGGGGUGAUAGACCAAACCAGGGACUUCAAUUUGGUAUUGCAGUUUCUUACUUGUAACAUAUCAUGAAAGACUGGCUUUACUCUUGGUAUAAAGUUUGAAAGUCAACAUUAUCUUAAUAUACUGUAUCUUAUUGUGAGAUACCAGUAAAUUGUAAAAUAGCUACCAUAAAUACAGUAAAUUGUUACUAAAGCAUUGGCUUUACAAAGCAGCUACAGACUAUUUGAGAGGACACUUUUGAAGACUGACUCAAAUGCUUUAAGUAUGGUCCAUACACACUGACCGUCCUAAAGCUUUUGUUAUUUUCUUUACUUUCAUCAAGGUCUUCUGCAUAUAAAAUGAAUUUAUAUGUAGUACUCAUUGUACAUUGUAAAAUAAAUUUGUGUACUUAU